CUCUAGGACUGUCUUGCUGCAAAACUACAAAAGUUCUCUUUGAUAGUCAUCAUCUUGAAAUUUCUUUUUGUGAAAAAUCAAAUGUCAAACCAGCUCUGCAGUGCUAUGCUACUGUUGCUACCAUUCAAAUAGUAUGUAUAGUAUAUUGUGGAUAAACUAGAAACCAUUCACUCAGAUCCUUGGUCAGCUGUAAACUUCAGUCUACGUGGUUGGUGUCACCUUGGAGUGCCUCUUAAGAAAUAGAAAUUUAAUGAGCCCUUAGUCUAGAAAAGUACUUAAAAACUACACUAAAUUUCUCUGACAAUAAUUAUUUGUAAACUACAAAUAUGGGUCAUUUUUUAAAUAGGGUGUCAUUUGGACACAACAGAGUGGACACUAACAGAGGGGACAUUUUGUGCUAAAUUUAUCCCUCAGACCAGCUUUGUUAGCAUAAUAGCUAACAUAACUUUGGAUAUUUGAUGAGAAAUCUAUAAUUUUAUAAAUAUACCUUUUGAAAUUAUUCAAUUCCUUUAAUUUCUUUGAUAUAUAGCUUUAAAAGAGUGGCCAUAUCAUAACCAACCAUGCUGAACAUGUCACAAAACUGCAAAAUAUGAUUGUUAAAUGAUUUAAAAAAAAAAAAAAAAAAAAACUGCUUACCACUGUUGAAUUCUACAGAAGAGGAUUAGGGCCACUAAAGAAGAAAAAAACACUGGUCAAGAUUCUGAGAAUAAUGUCAGAAUUCUGAGAAAAAAGUGAGAAUUCUGACUUUAAGGUCACAUCUUGGCCAGCUCUUUUUUCUCUCAGUGGCCGUAAUACUCUUCCGUACUCUUCUGUAGUACCUUGGCCAGAUUUUUAUUUUACUUUUCCUUCGGUGGUACUAAUCAUCCUCUGUACAAUUCCCUGCCACUGGUGCGAUGUUAUUGCACAACAGUGAUGUCAUUCAUAAAUGGGAGAUUUUUCAUUUUUCUUUUUAAAUAAAUCUAUUUAUAUGUUAUAAUCUAAAAACAACACAUGAUUAAAGAUAGUUUAUCCGGGACAAUCAAAUCAUAACAAUUAUUUUGGAAUUUUUUUCUACUUAUAUUAGUUAUUUUUUUAGACUGAAUUUGAUUGAAACACACUGGGAACAUAGCAUAUGGCAAUUGAUAAUACACACACACACACACACACAAAGUUGAGUAUUGUCCAAUUUUAGUUUAAAAAAAAAAAAAAAAAGCUUAAUUUAUCCCGGAGACACAAAUGGUAGCCUAUUUAAAAAAUGGCCCAUAUGUCUUUGUUUCUUUGACUUUUGUACAGACUAUAGUGAUGGAAGUUAGUUAUGACUUCUUGCAAGUAUAUGAGCUUGGUGUUUAAUUAAAGUGGCCCAUAUUUCACUCAGAGAAAAUCUUACUUUUUGUAUUGAUUUUUGUUCCUAUCUUUUUCUAACAUUAUAUCCCUGUAUGAAAUGAGAUUACAAAGUUUAAAAUGACAAGAAGUUGUUGUUCAAUCAUUGCCCAAAAGAGGGCAGUAAUGCUCCUUGAUUACCCUCAACUUCCCGAGAAUUUUAAAUAGAGGAAGUCGUUUGUCUCGUCUCAUUUUGAAGUUUGUUGCACUGCAUGUUGCAACGGCAUAAAGCCAACGUGGAGGUAAAGCAGUCUCAUUUUGAAGUUUGUUGUACUGCGUGAUGCAGCGGCAUAAAGCGAAUGUGGAGGUAAAGCAGGCCAUUGUAAUUUUGUGUAAAUUAAUGACGUCCACCGGACUCCUACAUGUCCCAGCGCCGGAGACUUUUAGAAGGGCGAAGUAUGGCGAGCACAAUGCGGAGGAUGAAUUCUGGCAGCUGCUCGCGAACAUCCUGCAGACAAAAACGGUGUCUCCGACUGGCGGUACCCUAACGAAAGAUGUUUCCUUGGAGUGCAAGAUACUGGUGAGCACAGGCCUGUGGAAGAGUGGUUACUAUGCUGGCUGGUUGUAUGAUAGGGAGGUGAAAGGAGUCUCUAGCAGGGAACUCCUUUUGGCACUUGGCUGGCUGCUUGCCGCUGGAAUGCUAGAGAAACUUUUGAUCCAACGAGUUCAGCAACUGGACAAAACACUACUUCCUCCCGUACUUUUGAAACUUGAGAUUCCUCAGGGGCCAUUGGUUGAGUGCAGCUCUGUUAAACGACUUCAAUGGCUCGUUGGUUUCCUGAGACACCAAGGACGGAUGCUGCUGUCCAUGCAGGACGAGCAAGCCUCAUUAUUUCACGCUGUUCUUUCUCAUAGCCAAUCAUCUCGAUCCUCAUCUUCAGGACAAAGUUCUCCCGCACUGAAAAAGAUAUGCAAUGAUGUGCAGCAGCUAUCUGACGUCUUUGAAUUGUACCUUAAAUGGAAGGAGCUAGAGAACGUUUUUUGGACCUGGAUGGACAGUGUGGUGGACUUGCAUGAAAAGGAUCCUGUCACUGAGAGGCCUACACACAUCAUGCGGGGAGAUGUCAACUGCAACGCUGGGCAACUAGCUUUAGACAAACUGGAUAAUAUACUGCUGAGACUGGAAACAUUGCAGUGGAAAGGGCAGGAGACUGGGAAAGUGGACAAAGAGGACAGGAAAGGGAGACUACAGGAUGAUUUGGACAUUUGCAGUGACGCACUUCUUGAAUCUUUACCUCCCAGGAUAUCUGUCUCUCAAGCAUACCGACCUAGAUUCCUGACUAGGAAGACUGUCAAGAGCAGCUCAGUCAAGAGUUUCCAAGGUACAGUUGACGAGGCAGACGAGUUACCAGUAUCUGAGGUUGUAGAGCUGCUUGCUCAUACUGAGAGACAACUGCUAGACGCGAGGGACACACAGAGAUUUGCCAACAAGAUGCAGCUGCAGGAGUUGAUUGGGAGACUGGACAAACUGUUGUUGAUACCACCAUAAACUUUUUGCCCCAUUGAUUUCUUAAUGUUCAAUACAUUGCAAAUCGUUCCCAUCCCCCAAUGUCAGCCAGCAAGAAUGCUGCUUCCAUUUUGAGGACGGCAGACGCUUUGUGGAUGACGGGAGGAGUAGGGGGACGAGGCUACCUGAAUGCACCACCUGGAUAGAUGCGAUGGAAGUGAUUGGCUGAGGGUUAGUCAUGUGUCAUGGUAAGCCAAUCAGAGCCGGUGUUUUCACAUACAAACCGGAACAGCGCGUGCGGCAAACACACACGCAAAGCAGAUGCAGAGGGAUAUGAGGGCAGAGCAUUCAGAGGAAAAUUUGUCCUUUACGAGGUGGAGAUAUAAACACUAUUUCAAGUCAAAAUACUUGAAGUACAGUAGGCUAUGUCUACUUGACCAGUUGUCUCAGGUUGUGAGAGAUUUAAUUGAUUAAACUCACUUUAUAUUGUUUAC